AUGUGCGGCUGCAAUAACACCAACGAACGACGAUGCUGCGGAACAUCGUCACGACGUAAACGACGUUGUCUCGAUGCAUCGAUUUGCACCGACGAACGACUAUGGCAGCAUUCAAGAAAGUUUGGCAAAUGUCAAUGCGCUGCAAAAGCCUCGUGGGAAAGAUCUCCGCCUAGACCCAGACGUGAAUGGGUGAGCAAUUUCAGCGAACUGAGACGACGUUGGAGCGAACACGCUAAGAGGCAGAAUUGUCCUUGCCAUGAUUGCAAACAAACAACCAUCCGGUCACUCGGAGAUCCUAGACAAGCUUGUCUCAACGAGGAGCACUUUGACGAUGACGACGACGACGACGAGGAGGAGGAAGAGAAGGAGAAACCAGUCUAUCGGUUGCCAAAUAAUAGAGGAUACUGUCUGUACCAACCACCAUGUUGUGCAGUACAGAUAGAUGCGCGUUCACGGCCGCACUGCACGUGCGAACGUCCAACAAGCGUUGAAUGUCCUUGUCCACUGGGCGAGCGUCGCUUUCCUAGAUCAACAAAAUGCUGCAUGGUAGAUGAAUCGCGUAUACGAAGCUACGACAAAGGGACUAAUUGGUCGGCUGUUCGAUCAAAAUCCAGCUGCGUGAGAUUGCCAAGUCAAAAUUGCAAGCGGAAUUCCUGCUGUACAUCUCUAGAUCAUCCCGAAAUCUGUCACGAUAACUACGGUCGCUCAUCUAUGGUACAAAGUAAACAAUCAAGACGUCGUUCGCGAACACCCCUGAGAAAACAGUGCAAUUUCCACAGUUGCAUUUGCAACACAGCGACGAAGAAGACGUUAAAUUGCGCAACACAAGUCUCACGAAGGAAGCUAACGUUGGCAAAAAUUACUCCCUGCGAUUACACGGUCGAAAAUAAGAAGUGCUCGAGUAAGGAGACCCAAGUUGGCGGAAGAGGGGUCGACGCGUGCGUGGGUUGCGAGAGAAAACGAGAGGAUGCAGUUACGAAUAAGUCAAGCAAGAAAUUGAAGAGAACUAAGGCGAGGAAUAAUUUGAGUGAUGCUGCAGUCGAGCGGAUUAGUAAGAUUGAUUUACGAUGCACCAAGUAUUUAACGAGUAGCGCGGACAAGAACAAAAAGGCAAAGCACUGCAAAUGCCCGCCCACUUGCAAAUACUACGUAGGCCCGAGGAAAGCAGCUUCCGACGAUCAUCAGCGUCUAUUGUCUAAAUUCAAAAAGAACAGAAAACGCGACAAAAAGAAAGAAUAA